CAAUUGUAGCAGGAGGAAUUUACGCGUUCUAUCUAUCAAAAACAAGCAUCGAUAGCAAACGUUACGAGCUUAUGAAAGUUCGUGAACGAAUCAGUAAAUCGAACGAAGGUGAUUACGAGCCAAGCACAAGAAAAUUUCCCGAAUUAAAAUAAGCUUGUAUCAUAAAAAUGGCCGCUCAAGUUGAACAGCAAAAACUGCAGCUUUUGCAAGAGUUGGAAAUUGAGAUGAUGGCCGAUAUGUACAAUAAACUAACAGCGGCUUGUCAUAAAAAGUGUAUUCCACCGAAAUACGGUGAUAAUGAAAUAGCGAAAGGUGAAGCGGUAUGUUUGGAUCGAUGUGUGGCUAAGUUUUUAGAUAUUCACGAGAAAAUUGGGAAAAAACUCGGGCAAUUAUCGAUGCAGGAUGACCAAUUAUUGAAAAAGUAGUCAGUUUUUUAUUAGUUUUUUGUUAAAUGUAGUAAAUAAAUCAAAGUAACUAAAAUAA